UUUUCUCCUUUUCAGAUUUUACAAAAUUUGGGUAAAGUUGAUCGUACUGCAGAUGAGAUAUUCGAUGAUCAUUUGAAUAAUUUCAAUCGCCAGCAACAAAAUGCCAAUAGAUUACAAAAAGAAUUCAAUAACUACAUUAGAUGUAUAAGAGCUGCACAAAUCGCAUCCAAAUCCUUGAUGGAUGCCAUUUUCGAAAUUUACGAACCCCAAUGGAGCGGUUAUGAUGCUUUAAGUGCACAAGUCCAAUCGGCCGAAUCAUUAUGGCAGGAUUUCUCACACAAAUUGGCCGAUCAAGUAUUGAUUCCAUUGAAUACCUAUACAGGACAAUUUCCAGAAAUGAAGAAAAAGGUCGAAAAACGCAACAGAAAACUUAUCGAUUACGAUAGUCAACGUCACUCGUUCCAAAGUCUACAAGCCAAUGCCAAUAAACGUAAAGAUGAUGUUAAGCUGACCAAGGGCCGGGAACAAUUGGAGGAAGCCAGACGCACAUAUGAACUAUUGAACACCGAAUUGCACGAUGAACUACCGGCCUUGUAUGAAUCAAGAAUAUUGUUUUUGGUAACCAAUUUGCAGACUCUAUUCGCCACAGAACAAGUUUUCCACAAUGAAACGGCUAAGAUCUACUCCGAACUUGAGGCCAUUGUUGACAAAUUGGCUACAGAAUCACAACGUGGUUCAAAUACUUUGAGAAAAGUGACAUCCAAUGCCAUUAAAGCUUCCAGUCCUGUACAAUCACCAGUCAAACAAAUGAACGAUGCCAACAUCAGCAACAGCAUUCAAUAUCAAAAUACCAAUGGUUCUACCAAUCCACCAUCACCAAGUACUUCUUCUACACAAGAACCCACCAGACCUGAUAAUGUUUCUCCAACACCAGAAACAUCAGCCGCCGCCGCAGCUGCAGCAGCCGCCGCAAUGCCACCUAGCUCACCCAGUGGUCCAAGUGCCGAGCAAAGAACAACGAGUAUUGGCAAUUUGGUAAGUGAUGCCACCGCCGUGGAUUCGAAUACCAAUACCCCACAACAUUCAGUGAGUAAUGCCAAUGGCAAUGCAAUGCCUGAACUGGUGGCCAGAAGAUCAACAUCGACUAGUGAAGAAAAACCCGUAGCAGCCACUAGUGCCAACAAUAUGGAAAGCAGCACCAAAGAUUUGGAUAAGGAUAUGAAUAAUGCAACUAGCACAACGAUAACCAAGACAGUUACAACUGAGGAGAAAAUUACGAAAACCACCACCGAUGGACAACAGCAACAGCUCAAUGGUAAUGAAAAUGGCAAUAACAAUGUUGAUGAGCAUGAGGAGGCAGUUGCUGCCACUACCACAAAUGGUAAUGCUAACGAUAGUGAUUUAACAACUUCCCUGCCAGCCAGAGGAACCAAAUCCAAUAAUGCCAAUGCCAAUAAUAUGCCUAAUUCCAAUGCAGCCGCCGCCGCAGCAGCAGCAGCCAGUGAUGAAAAACAAUCAGGAGGUAAUAAUCAUUUGAAUCAUGACAAUGAUCUGAAUAGAAAUAGAAGUAGCAAUUUAGUUGAACAGAGUAAAAAUCCCUUUGAAGAUGAUGAAGAUGAGCAAAUCUACGAAAUACCCAAGG